AUGUCUAUCAAAGUCACAUUAUAUGAAUUGGCAGAUCUCUCCAUAGGGACCCCGGAGAUUGGCAUUAUCAAUUUCAAUGCCCUCCAUGCUCUCCUCCAUGCUGUCAUCAGCUACCUCAACAUUCAAGAUAUCAAAGCAGAUGUAAAGAUGGACAGAGGUCCUCCAACCAAGCCAGAGAUGGCCUUGCUUUCUGCUACAACUGAGACAGAACCUAGUGAUUUAUUGGGCCAAGAGGCAUUACCAAAAGAGAAGGAGGACAAGGGAGGCACUUUGAGAGAGGAGCCGGAUUCUCGGUUUGCUGACUUGGAAAAGAAACUAAAGCUGAUGGAUACCAAUCUCCGUGGUGUGAAAGGUCAGAUUAAAGGGAUAGAAGGCCAGGUCCAGGGGGUAUUAGGUCAAGUCCAAGAAGUAGAACAUCAAGUCAGUGGGGUGCAAAAUCAAAUUCAUGGAAUACAAGAUGAAGUCCAAGGAGUGCAAGAUCAAACUCAAGGAGUGCAGGAUAAAGUGAAAAGAAUGGGGAAAGACCUCAUAGGGGUUGAAAAGCAGAUUGCUGGACUGGAGAAACUUCCUUCGGGGAUUGAACUGCUAGAGAAGACCCAAAGUGGAUCCGGCACAGCUGUAUCUGACAUGUGGCAAAUGAUGCAGAUGCAGAAAAAGAUUGAAGCCAGUGAGAACGGAAUCAACCAGGCUAUGUCCCUGUUACAAGAUUUAGUGGAUGAGACGAGCAACAUGAAAUCAGCCACAAGCAACUUGGAGGAUGAAGUAAAAAAAAUCAAGGAACACUUAGCUGUGCUAGAUCCUCGUGGGUUUGAUGAUCGUUUAAAUGUUUGCCUGAGUGAUCAGAGUAGCUUGGAUCAUGAUUUGAAAGAUUUAGAGAGGAGGUUAAACCAAUUCCCAUCUCCAGAAGAAAUGGUACGGUGGGAGGUUCUUGAAGAUAUCCUUGUGAAGGGAAAGAGCCCAUCUCCUGUGAGUAUGGUUUAUGUUGAAGCACCCACAACUUCUGAAGCCCAAGCACCCUAUCCUGGAGCACCAUGGGCCCAGCCUGAAGGUCCUGGAGCCCAAGUCCCUUAUCCUGGGGCCCAGCCUGGAGGUCCAGGAGCCCAAGCACCCUAUCCUGGGGCACCAUGGGCCCAGCCUGGAGGUCCUGGGGCCCAAGUCCCUUAUCCUGGGGCCCAGCCUGGAGGUCCGGGAGCCCAAGCAUCCUAUCCUGGAGCACAAGGGGCUCAGCCUGGAGGUCCUGGAACCCAAGUCCCUUAUCCUGGGGCUCCUGGGGCCCAGCCUGGAGCUCCUGGAGCUGAAGGCCCUUAUCCUGGGGUACCUGGGGCCCAGCCUGGAGGACCUGGAGCUCAAGGCCCUUAUCCUGGAGUACCUGGGGCCCAGCCUGGAGGUCUGGGAGCCCAAGCACCCUAUCCUGGGGCUCCUGGGGCCCAGCCUGGAGGUCCGGGAGCCCAAGCACCCUAUCCUGGAGCACCUGGGGCCCAACCUGGAGGUCCAGGAGCCCAAGCACCCUAUCCUGGAGCACCUGGGGCCCAACCUGGAGGUCCAGGAGCCCAACCUGGAGGUCCGGGAGCCCAAGCAUCCUAUCCUGGAGCACCUGGGGCCCAACCUGGAGGUCCGGGAGCCCAAGCACCCUAUCCUGGAGGUCCUGGGGCCCAGCCUGGAGAUCCAGGAGCCCAAGCACCCUAUCCUGGAGCACCUGCAGCCCAGCCUGGAGGUCCAGGAGCCCAAGCACCCUAUCCUGGAGCACCUGGGGCCCAACCUGCAGGUCCAGGAGCCCAACCACCCUAUCCUGGCAUACCUGGGGCCCAGCCUGGGGGUCCAGGGACACCUGGGGUGCAGCCCGGAGGUCCUGAAACUCAAGCACCCUAUCCUGGAGCACCAUGGGCUCAGUUUGGAGGUCUUGCAGGUCCUACAGUCCAACCUGGAGGUCCUGGAGCCCAGGCCCCCUAUCCUGGGGCACCUGGAGCCCAGGCUGCAUAUCCUGAGGCAGCUGGAGCGCAAGCUCCAUAUCCUGAGGUUUCAGAGGCUCAACCUGGGGCUCAACCACCCUAUCCUGGGGCAACCAGGGACCAAGUUCCAUAUCCUGGUGUUCCAGGGGACCAGACUGGGACUCCUGGAGCCCAGCCUGGUAUUACUGGAGCCCAACCUGGAGUUUCUGAAGGGCAAUCCCCAUAUCCUGGGGCACCUGGGGCCCAAGUUCCCAGUGUUCCAGGGAUCCAACCUGGGGCUCCUGGAGCCCAGCCUGCUGUUCCUGGGGCUGAGCCUGGAAUUCCUGGAGCCCAAUCCCCCUAUCCUGGAGUACCUGGCCUCUAUCCUGGGGCCCCUGGAGCUCAAGCUCCAUAUCCUGGUGCUCCUGGGACUGAGGCAGAGUAUCCUGGUGCCCCUGGGGUUCAGCCAUUCUAUCCUGGAGCUUUAACUGGGACACAACCCGGAUAUCCUGGUGCCCCUGGAUUCUAUCCUGGAGCCCUAACUGGAUAUCCAGGCCAGCUUGGAGGGCCCGGGCUCUUUCCACCUGGAUAUCAACCUCCUGCCUUACCUGCUGCUCCAUCAGGCCAGUUGAUUGCGCCACCUGUUCUCGGUGUUGGAGCUACACCCCCAUCAUCUCCCCUCUACCCCACCACCACUCCUAUGGGGUAUUCUGAGAUUUCCUCCUCUUCUACCCAUUUGGCUCCAAGUCGCUACGCGGAGACGCUGGAUGCCCUGCGCUCUCUAUCCCAACUGAAUGACCUCUACCAAACUCUCAGAGACCAGAUCGCCAUGCUGGACUACUACAAGUGUGGCCAUUCUGAUCUCCGCAGGCUACAGGACUUCCUCACCGAUGCACUUUAUAAGACCUUUGCUACCAUCCCACCUAAUCUGUCAGAAAAACUUGACGCUAUGCGUUCCUUGGAAGAAGACUUCAAAUCUGAAAAAGAGGUGUUAAGGAGGAUUCAGAAUGCAAUUGAAGGAGAAUUGCCAGGAGAAGAGAUAGAGAAAAUGGAGGGAGCUAAUCAGAUCACCUUCCAAAUAGGUUAUCUCAGAGCAAUGGUACAUGAUAUAGAGAAAGAGCUAAAGGAGCUGAGACAGAAACAAGAUGUGGGGAAAGCCAAGUUGGAGCAGUCGAUGACCGACAAUGCCUAUUACCUCCAGGAGCAGUUAGACAAGCUUAGAUCUGUCAUAGAAAACAUGAUGUCCUCCUCGUCAACCUUGCUGUCCAUGAGUAUGCCACCCAUCCCAGAGUCUGGUGCAGCUCAAGUCCAAAGCACGUGUGCAGCCUGCAGCUUAGAUGUCAGUGAGAAGGUUAGCCAGUUGUUCAAGCGGUACGAGCAGCUGCAGGACUCAGUCAACAACUUCAUGUUGAGGCAGGCAGAAAGCAAAACGAAGAAACCCAAGCAACGCCAGGAUGAAGAGGUGCUCAACCAAAUCCAGAGUACUAUCCUGCAAGUCCAAGAAGAUUGUGAGAAGCUGAAUGCCACUACUGGCAAUCUUGUUGAAGAUCAUCACCAGAAACAGAAAGAGAUCAGUGCACUGUACAAAUCACUGGAGAAACUAGAAAAUGAAAAAGUUGACAAAGAUUGCCUAGAGACGGAAAUCCAUGUGAAAGCAGAUAAGACUGCCCUUGCGGCAAAGGUCAGUCGCACCCAGUUUGAUGCCACCACAGAACAGCUACAUAAGAUGAUGCAGGAACUGCUAAAUAAGAUGGUUGGGCAAGAGCAAGACUGGCAGAAAAUGCUUGACAAACUCUUGAUUGAAAUGGACUCCAAGCUGGACCGCUUGGAACUGGAUCCAUUCAGGCAGCAGCUGGAGGAUCGUUGGAAAGAUAUCCGGAAACAGUUGAAGCAAAGGGUUCCACAAGAUGAAGGCGACGAUGCUGCAGGGAUCAGAAGGAGACUCCUGGCUCACUUCCACUGCAUUUCUUGUGACCGACCCUUAGAGAUGGUGGUGCCUGGCCCGCGAAUUACGACUCUCCCAGCUGUUCCAGGUUUACCUGCUCAUCAAUCCCUUCGACCGUAUAUGGUUUAUGAAAUGGAACAAAUCAGGCAACUGAACCGCAACAAUUUGAAAUUGGGACCGGGUGUUCGUUUUGAUGCCCUGGAGAAGAGUGCUAGUCUGAACAAGUUACGGCGCAUCCAUUCCAAGAUGCUCAUGGACAUACAGAAGGUGCAGAGUCAUUAUGGCGGAGCUGCCAGGGUCAACGCUCAGAUGAUCAGGGAAGCCCUGCAGUCCCAGUAUCUUGGCUCAAGCCCUUUUGGCAAACGAGAGAGACUUCCGGAGAUGGCUGACAUUAGCUACAUGAGUGUACCUCGGCAUUGUGGAGGCAGCCAUACCCUCACCCAUCCAUUCAGACGCUCUGUGAAACUGCAACAGUUCAGUCAGAGUAUGCCCUCUGUCCCGUCAGAUGAAAGCACCAUGCUGGCAAUGAUGAAGCAUGAAGAAGUAGAUAUACUGGGUCUUGAUGGUCAUAUUUACAAAGGACGUAUGGACACACAUCUUCCAUCAAUAACUGGAAAGGAAUAUGUCCCAAGAACAAGAAGCAAGCUCGCUCGGUCUUCCUCACAAAGGCAGCACCCAAUGUUCAGUGACCUGGCCAACCUCCCCGCUCGCCCCCACACUGCAAAAGUGUCUGUGGGCAGCACAUCAGCUAAAUCAAUAACAGACAAGUCUGCGUCUCCGUUAAGGAACUCGGAAGAGUCUGGAAAUUUGGAGAGAGAAACUUUUGAGGUUCGAAUGACCGUUUCCUCAAGACAACGGUCUGAUGAGCAGUCUACUUAAGCCAAGAGGAUCUAGUUUUAGAAUCGCG